AUGACGAGCUUUCGUUCCUCAAGACCUCCCAGCACGAAGGAAGAAUCCCCCCAGUGGUAUCGUCGUGGCUUGCUAAGUGGUCGUCGCAGCAGCAAGCUUCGCUCCCCUGCUGAGUCCUGUGUUUCGGGAAGUUCGGGCAACGCUUUUGUUGGCCUCCCACCCUCACGCCAGCGACAAUUCGUCUCUACACGAUCAGCCGCCCCAUCAAUAGUAUCAACUAUUCGACCACCUUCUGUCACCUCAGCAGAUUCUCAAUCCCAACAUCGACCAAGCACUAUGGCAGGUAUGCUAGACAUGGAUCGCGGGCGGAGCCGUCGCGAUAGAACAUUUGUCGGGAGUCAUUGUGCAGCUUGCGAGGAACCUUUAGAGCACACACUACGUGGGGAGCGUAUCCUUCAAUUUUCAUGUAGCCAUGUUGCCCAUGAGGCCUGUUUUUAUGAGUAUAUUAAAGAGGUCGAUUCUCAAUAUUGCCCUGAGUGUCAUGCCCCACUAGGACUAGAUACUAGUCGUGGUGGAAAUGUUCUUGAUAUAGAAAAACUUAGCAGUAUCGUUAGAUCGGUAUCGGUUGCAGACAGCCGAGAACAGCCCAGGGAGAGGGAGCGUGAACGGGAAAGGGAAAGGGAAAGGGAAAGGGAACGGGAGCGGGAGCGGGAGCGGGAGCGGGAAAGAGAGAGAGAGGGCGAAAGGGAAAGGGAAAGGGAACGAGAGCGGGAGCGGGAAAGAGAGAGGGAAAGGGAUCUGGCCUCCCCCCAAUAUGAGAACUACGGUAGCAGGGCUCGGAGUCGACAAGGCAGCAGAACAUCAAGUUUGAAUAGAGAUGGUAGGGCGGAGAGCCGCAAUGAAACAAGAGACUCGAGUCAACGACAACACGACAGCGGACAUUGGCGCAAUAACAGUGGUACCUCUGUCAGUGCUAGUGAGGGCUACGCAGAUCCAAAUAGCGCAGCAGCACCUGUUCGCCGUCAUGAUUAUGAUAUCCAAAGCAUGGAGAGCGAGCUAAGUCCGCGGAAUUCAAUGGCCAAUCCGAUACAUCCUCCUACCGUUACGGUUAAGAGCGAAUUUCCAACACUCACGCGUUCCAAAGUCCAACAGAGUUUGACGUGCCUUGUUACAAUAGAAGUACCGCAAAGGAAAUGGCAGCCCAUGUACAACGAGGAGGUCCCGCCAAUACCAUCCCUACCAGCAGCAUAUGACCAACAAUAUCAGCCCCCAAGCCCAACAGGCCGAAGCCAGUACUCUUUUGAGAGAGAGAGUUCAUCAACACGACAGCAGAGAGAACGUGAGGCGGAAAGGGAGCGGGAGUUGGAGGCCCUUGCUUCCAUCACUGAGGACCUCCGUUUGAGGGUUGAAAAUUGGCAUGGUCUUGAUUUUGCUAGGUUUGGAAAGCUACGUCUUCACGGAACCAUCAGAGUUGGAAAGGACUGCCAGGCCUGGCAGGAACUGGAAUGUUAUCUUUUCUCUGAAAUGCUCAUUUGCGUCAAAGAGAAGAAGGUUUCCUCAUCUGCUUCCCAAUGGUCUAACGGGCAAAAAAAGAUAAGGGCUGUAAAAUGCACCUUGAAAGGUUCAAUUCUCAUCAAAAAGCAUUUAAAGAAAGUCAACGACUCAAGCAAUCGAGAUGACAACAUGCAUAUCCUCACCCUCAAUCUCUCUGUAGCCGAGCUUCCCCAAUUUCACCUUUUGUUUCCCAAUCACGCUCAGUUGGAUCAAUGGCAACGCGCUUUACUUGACCUCAAUUCUGUUGAUCCUGCUCCAUCGCGCAGUCCUCAGUACGAUGAGAAAGUGCAAUCAAUUUCUGAUGUCGAUGAUGAUGAUUAUCGCACCAUGAAGACAACAAGAGGAGGAAGACAGAACAUUCCUCAAUCUAUGCACAUUCCCCUUGAUGUGGUCGUUGUUAUCCCGGUAUCUUCAUCAAUGCAAGGUCUUAAGAUCAAUUUACUUCGGGAUGCACUCAAGUUCCUUGUUCAAAACCUUGGGGAAAGGGACAGGAUGGGCCUAGUUAGUUUCGGUUCCAGUAGUGGCGGCGUUCCUUUGACUUCGUUGCUAGCAAAAAAUUGGACUGGAUGGGGAAAGGCCAUCCACUCCAUCCGCCCGGUGGGGCAGAAGACCUUGCGGACCGAUGUAGUUGAUGGGGCAAAUGUUGCGAUGGACUUAUUGAUGCAGCGGAAGUCGAGCAAUCCAAUUGCGUCGAUUCUCUUAAUCAGUGACUCAUCGACUUCAGAAACCGAAAAUGUCGACUUUGUAGUAUCGAGGGCUGAAGCUGCGAAGAUUACGAUUCACUCUUUUGGCCUUGGUCUCACCCACAAGCCUGAUACAAUCAUGGAGAUGUCGACAAGGACUAAGGGACAAUAUACAUACGUCAAGGAUUGGAUGAUGCUGAGAGAGUGUGUUGCGGGUUGUGUUGGGUCAUUACAGACGCUUUCACACCAGAACGCCAAGCUUAAGCUCAAACUCCCAGAAGGCUCACCAGCAAGAUUCCACAAGAUCAGCGGUGCUUUACAUGUAUCGAAGAGGGCAACCGGACGUGAAGCAGAGGCAUCUUUGGGCGAUCUUCAUUUCGGGGAUAAGAAGGAUAUUUUGGUUCAACUCGUAAUAUCACCUGACAACUCUCAAGGCGACACCGCUCCUCAGGAUGCGUGGGAAUCUAUUGUGUCCGGAUUGGAGGCUCUGGGAGGUUCAACAGAUCAAGAUGAACAGAGAACAGUCAGCAUUGAAGAGGUUCCUCUAAUUCUAGCCGAUUUGACAUUCGGGGAUCUUCAAAGAGAUGGAACUCUGUCUCAAUUGUCACGACCGCACCUACUUGCGAUCACAAUGUUACCACCGUCUAACUCAAAGAAGACUGGUCGACCUGGCUCUCCGCCAAUCCCACCACAUCCUAUGGUAGUCCAAAGGCGUAUGGAGUUAUUAACUUCAGAUAUGUUGAGCAGAGCUUUGGUACUCGUCUCUCGUAAUCAACAUGACCAUGCUCAGAAGCUGCUCAGCGAAACUCGGACCAUUCUCAAAGGAUUGGGUAAAGGCGGAUUGCCGCCUUUGCCCGCGCCAUCCCCGAAUAUGCCGUUGCCCGAACUUCCGGAGGGUGCCGUAUCUUUAUCAAAUCUGCACCAGCAGACAUUCACCGCAACACCUCCCCUCGAACACAUUUUCACCCCUGCUACCGGUAUCGAUCCCACCACCGUAUCAGCUCUGGAUGCAGAGUUGGAGUCUGCCCUUGAAUGGAUUGGUCAUCCUGCAGUCUUUGCAAGAGAUUCUAGAAAAGCUGUCUUGCAAGCAAUCGGCGUUAUAUCAUCACAGAGAGCUAUCACCUUCAGAACUGCUUGUGAAUCUCUCUACUCGGAAAGAAUACCUGGAGUCAAAAGGCUUUCUGUUCAAGCUAGAGAGUGGCGGGACACCGAGGACUCACUAAUGGAAGAGGACUAA